AGUGCUACUACUUCUGUACUGCUGGUAGUGUAGAUAUCAGGAUGGCUGAAACGUUAGAGACGGUUACCGGCUUUUUCUCCCGUAUGUUACCGAGUAACGAAGAGGCCCUUCUGGACACACUUGCCUACGUUAUGUUAGGGCUGUCCGUACCGGUGUUCUUUAUAAUGGUUUUCGUCAAGGUGGCGGAAUAUGGCCGCUACACGGUGAAGUCGACGUCCUGGUCGCUGCCAGCACGGCCGGCGUGGCUAUUCCAGGAGCUGCCCUCGUUUGCUGUUCCCGUGCUUCUGGUGCUGUCCGGUCGUGCUGUCCGGAUGACACAGCUGCCCAAUCAGGUGCUGUUGGGCAUGUUUGUGGCACACUACUUCCAGAGGACGUUCAUCUUUUCUCUCCUGAUACGCGGCGGGAAGCGGACACCGUUCCGUAUCUUCCGCGACGCGUUCGUGUUCUGUGCGUAUAACGGAUACCUGCAGGGCAGAUACCUGACGGAGUUUGCGCACUACCCAGAUACGUGGCUGACCGACCCGAAGUGCAUCGUGGGCAUCGUCUUGUUCCUGGCGGGAAUGGUCAUCAAUCUUCACGCCGACCACAUUCUGAGGAACCUCCGGAAGCCUGGAGAGACAGGCUACAAGAUUCCACAAGGCGGAAUGUUCACCUACGUUUCCGGUGCCAACUACUUCGGGGAGAUUGUAGAGUGGACCGGUUUCGCCAUCGCGUGUUGGUCUCUGCCGGCGGCCGCCUUCGCCGUCUUCACCGCCUCAAACAUCGGCCCGAGAGCGUACCGCCAUCACAAAUGGUACCUGCAGAAGUUUGACAAUUACCCAAGAAGCAGGAAAGCAGUCAUCCCCUUCCUCAUCUGAUAUCAUCAUCACAGCAGGCAGACAUGAAUUAAAAACACUAAUUAAUUACAAAAAGCUCCAACAUGCCAUUGUGCCUUGCACACACAUGUAGGUUAAACCUAUACCAAUGCGCUAGACUUUUGUGUGCCUUCUUUGCUCGACUUGAGACAAAUUGGAAUGUAACUUUGGUACAGCUCACUUUUAACACUGGAAAACCCCAUACACAGUACCAUACAAUAUGAUAAAUAGUCUUAGAGUUAGACAAUAUAUAAUACAAACAUCAUACCGUUGCCAUUAUCAUUGAUAACCUUGAACAGCUAGACAUAUUUUUUGCAAUAUUCUAAUGUUGGA